UGCCUAAUUUUACAUUUUCCUCGCAUACAUAAAAUAAUUUUUUCAUUUUUAGGCAUAGAUUUAAAAAAAUUUCUACAUACAUAAUACGAUGUCCGCUAUCAAAUCUAAAGAUAAAACUGUUAAAAGAAAAAAUGUUCAAGUUGCUGUUAGAAUCAGACCGCUGAGCGAUAUUGAACGCUCUGGAUGUAACAAAAACAUUGUUUCGUGUGACCGUGUAGCAAGGACUGUUUCACUCAAGAAUGCAAACUCUUCUGAUUCUUCACGAUUCGGUCAAGGACAAAAAUGUUUUGGACCUUAUGAUAAGAUUUUUGGCCCAGAAUCUACCCAAAUUGAAGUUUACGACGGCGUUCUUGCCCCCCUCAUGGGGCAAGUCCUUGAUGGUUACAAUUGCACAGUUUUUGCUUAUGGUCAAACAGGAAGUGGAAAGACGUUUACGAUGGAAGGACGACAUGAUUCCUCUGAAGACUUCGCAUGGAACACUGAUCCAACAGCAGGAAUUAUUCCACGCGCACUUGAUCAAAUUUUUUCUGUACUUGGCGAGGAUACUGACUACACUGUGCGCGUCAGUUAUGUUGAAUUGUACAAUGAACAAAUUUUUGAUUUGCUAAAUCUUCGUUCACAAUUGGAAUCAUUGAGAAUUUUUGAUGAUAAAACUAAGGGAGUAUCAAUUGCUGGUGCUGAAGAGGUCAUUGUCCGCUCACCAAAGGAAGUUCACGGAUUGCUUAGACGUGGAGCUGAGAAGCGUCGUACAGCUACAACCCUUAUGAACAUGACAUCUAGCCGUUCUCAUUCUGUCUUCACUGUUUCUGUUAUGGCCUCGUAA